AUGGACGCAUAUAAUCUAGAUCAACCGACGAAGAAAUUUUAUCAAAAAUAUUAUUCAAAAAUAAUCGAAUACAUAAAAUUUCUAAUAAUAUUCAUAGGGAUAAUAUUCACCAUAAUAUUUAUAAUCCUAAAAGUGGGGGUAAUAGAUUAUUCAACUCCAACUUUAUAUACUCCUGAUUUUAAAAAAGUCCCUACUGUACAAUUUUAUGAUUUAGAUCAAUAUCAAGGAUCUGCCAAUGGUUGGCAAUUAGAAGAACGAGUGUUAUUCUUAGUUCCUUUAAGAGAUGCAUCCUCUCAUUUACCCAUGUUCUUUGGUCAUAUGAAAAAUUUAACUUAUCCUCAUAAUCUAAUUGAUUUAGCAUUCUUAGUAAGUGAUUCUUCUGAUGAUACUUUAGAAGCUUUAAAGAAAAAUUUAAUGGAAAUUCAAAAUAAUCAUGAUACAUCAAAAAGAUUUGGUGAAAUUGAAAUAUAUGAAAAAGAUUUUGGUCAAAUUAUUGGUCAAGGUUUUUCUGAUAGACAUGGUUUUGCUGCUCAAGGUCCAAGAAGAAAAUUAAUGGCAAGAGCAAGAAAUUGGUUAUGGACAGUAGCGGUAAAACCUUAUCAUUCUCAUGUUUAUUGGAGAGAUGCCGAUGUCGAAACUGUUCCUCCUACAAUUUUAGAAGAUUUAAUGCAUCAUGAUAAAGAUGUUAUAGUUCCCAAUGUUUGGAGACCUUUACCUGAUUGGUUAGGUAAUCAACAACCUUAUGAUUUAAAUUCAUGGCAAGAAUCAGAUGGUGGUUUACAAUUAGCUGAUACUUUAGAUGAAGAUGCUUGUAUAGUAGAAGGUUAUGUUGAAUAUCAAACUUGGAGACCUCAUUUAGCUUAUCUUCGAGAUCCUUAUGGAGAUCCUGAAGUUGAAAUGGAUUUAGAUGGUAUUGGUGGGGUUUCAAUUUUAACUAAAGCAAAAGUGUUUAGAACAGGUUCACAUUUCCCAGCAUUUUCAUUUGAAAAACAUGCUGAAACAGAAGCAUUUGGAAAAUUAAGUAAGAGAAUGGGUUAUUCCGUGGUAGGGUUACCUCAUUAUGUUAUUUGGCAUAUUUAUGAACCAUCUUCCGAUGAUUUAAAACAUAUGGAAUGGAUGGCAUUAGAAGAGUCAAGACAAAAGGAAGCUGCUAAAAUUAAAAAGGUUUAUGAUAAAGUAUGGAAUAAGGCUUUUGAUGAUGUUCAAGAUACUUGGCAAAUAGAAAGAUCUAUGUUCUUAAAGAAUACAGAUAUGAGUAAAUUAAGACCAAUUCAAGUCGAUUGGUCAGGGAUCGAUGAAUUUGAUAUAGAUGAGACUCAUAAGAAUGAUAUUCAUUUAGCUGAUUUCAACCCUUAA